CCCUUCUCCAAUUGGCCGUUGGAGAGACAUGGGGAGCCUCAUAUUCACUUCAAAGUGAACUUGGAGCUGGAAAAAGAAGAGAAUCUCAUCAAAAUUAUGAGCUGGCUUACCUAUCCAUAGUUGGCUGGCCGCACACAACAACAUCCCGUCCUACCUCCCACAUGAAGUUCUUUCUGCAAACUCUGCGACUCUUCUCCACAGCAUCCCGCGUGCAGAUACCAGUAUCAAAAGCACCACAAAUCCCCAUUAUCAAGAGAAUGAAGCCUCUCAUUAUCAUCUAUGGGUCAACCGGCACCGGCAAGUCAGAUCUCGCCGUUGAGCUGGCCACCCGCUUCAACGGCGAGGUCAUCAACGCCGAUGCCAUGCAAAUGUACAAAGGCCUGCCCAUCAUCACCAACAAGAUCACACUCAGAGAGCAGAAGGGGAUUCCUCAUCACUUACUUGGUAACAUCGAACUGGGUGAAGAUCCCUGGUUCGUGACCCGCUUCAAGCAGGAAGCCACUCGUAUCAUCUCUGAGAUCCGUUCCCGAGACAAACUUCCCAUCCUAGUUGGUGGCAGCUCCUACUACAUCGAUGGCCUCCUAUUUGACCAGAGACUUGUAGAGAACCAGAAGACUUCCGAGGAGGGCUGGACCUCAAACCGCGAAGAACUGGCAGCGCAGCAUCCCGUCCUCAACAGCUCAGGCGAAGCUAUGUGGGCAAAACUUCACGAAGUAGAUCCUGCCAUGGCCGACAAGUGGCACCCGAAUGACGUCCGCAAGAUUCGAACCUCGCUUGAAAUCUACUUUGCUACGGGCCGCACAGCAUCAGAAAUCUAUGCAGAACAGAAAACCAAGAAACGAGCCAGAUCGCCAUAUCAGGACCCAAGUCUUGGUGAUGUUCUCAUCUUUUGGCUCUAUGCCCAUCGCGACCCCCUCAACACUCGUCUCGACAAGCGAGUGGACAAAAUGGUCAAGAACGGUCUGGUAGACGAAACUUCUGAAGUCUACGAGUACCUCCAAUCUCGUCUAGCCACCGGUGAAACAGUCGAUCGUUCCAAGGGAAUCUGGCAGUCUAUCGGAUUUCGCCAGUUCGAGCCUUAUCUCCAAGCCCGGAAGGAAAACCCGGAUGAUGAGGCCAACCUAGCAAAGUUGAUGGCUGCCGGCAUAGAUGAUACCAAGACAGCGACCCGCCAGUAUGCUAAGUACCAGCUAAGGUGGAUGUCUACCAAGACCCUCACUUCUCUCCAGGAAGAGAACCUGAUGGACAAACUCUAUCUCCUUGAUAGCUCCAAUCUCGACACCUGGCACCAGGAAGUCUUGGAAAAGGGCGUUUACAUCGCGGAGAAGUUUCUUACCAGCAAGGAGUCGCUCCCUGCUCCUAUCUCAAUCUCAGAGGCCGCUCGUGAGGUGUUGGCCGAGGCGCUUGAGAGGAGUAACCGAAAGGAUACACCAUGUCGAAAAUACUGUGAGGUGUGCGAAAAGACUUUGCUGACCGAGGAACUAUGGCAACAGCACAUCAAGAGCACGAAACACAGCAAGGUGGUAAGAGCAAAGAGGAAGAGGGCGUUGAUACCCGCCGACCGCGUUCCAUCAAGGGCGCUUACGAAGGUUGAUGAUGAUGAUAGCAAUUUGGAGCCAGAGACAAAAACACAGAAGAUCGAGGACGAAAAUCUACAAGAACAAAAUUUGGAAGGCAAAUAA